CGCCUUUGAAGAUCACAUUUUGAAGAUCGGGAGAAAUCGUCAAAAUGCUUAUGGAAAACAUCACAAAGAACAAUAAGACAACAAUCUACGUUGGUGGAUUGGAGGAUAAUGUGACGGAAACCACACUUCACGCGGCCUUUAUACCGUUCGGUGACAUUGUGCAAGUUCAGAUACCCCCAGAUCCGUCCUCACGUAACCCUCAUCGCGGCUUUGGUUUUGUUGAAUAUGAAUUUCCGGAAGAUGCACAAGCGGCAAUAGAGAAUAUGAACCUGGCUGAAAUACAUGGGAAAGUAAUCAAGGUUAACCUGGCCAAGCCGAUGAAAGGACAAGUCUUCACAACAAAAGCAGUAUGGAACGAAGAAUCUUGGUUGAAAACGCAUGCUGCUGGCAUACCAGAGACGGGAGCAGUGGCGGAUGGUGAGGAAGUGGUCGUUGAUGGUGAAGCACAAGAGGAUACGGAAAACGGGACCGAAAGCACGGCGCCACCUGCAAAACGAACAAAAACGGCAUCAGCUAGCAGCACUGGUGGUGGAGGAAAUCCUCGAGUGUACUUUGAUAUUGAGAUUGGUGGAGUCAUGGCUGGGCGGAUUGUCAUACUUUUGCGAGCAGAUGUUGUUCCAAAAACGGCGGAAAACUUUCGUGCACUAUGUACACACGAGAAGGGGUUUGGAUACAAAAAGUCCACCUUCCACAGAAUAAUUCCUCAAUUUAUGUGUCAAGGAGGUGAUUUUACCAAGCAUAACGGUACCGGGGGAAAGAGCAUCUAUGGGGAGAAGUUUGCAGAUGAAAACUUUCUUCUAAGACAUACCAAGCCCGGGACGCUCUCCAUGGCAAAUGCAGGACCAAAUACAAAUGGCUCGCAAUUCUUUAUCACAACGGAAAAGACAAGCUGGCUUGAUGAUAAACACGUGGUGUUUGGGGAGGUCAUUACUGGCAUGGACGUGGUGCGCAAAAUGGAGAAAAUAGGGACAGCAGCCGGUCAACCAAAGAAGCGAGUGGUGAUUGCGGACUGCGGGCAACUUUAAUUGACUUUUUGUACAUGCACAUCAUGUCAACAAUCCAAUUUCGCUACUCUACAACCCUCUGAUGAUUUGGGUGGUCGCCUUUUGGUUCGGUUUCCGUUUCUACGCUAUAUAUAACGUUACGCAAUUGAAAGACUCUG